UUUCUGUAUCAAGUGCUUUUACCUUCAGUAACAUUUUCAGUGCAGAAACUUAACAGUGUGGUUUUAGUAGUUUUCCUUUGUUCCUCCAUCUCUGAUCAUCUGUCGAUCAGCAAACACUGAAUCACGACAUGAAUUCAUGUUUUUACAGAGAGCUUGUGUAGCCACAUCUUCCUUAGCACGAUGCUGCGCUCUCAGUAAAGUGUUGCUAUCUGGACCGUCAAGUUAUUUCAGUCAGCUGUAACUUGAUUAACUUGAUAAGCAGAUAGUUACUGAACAGCUGCUCUUGAAUGAACAAGUCUCUCUUCAUGUCACGUUACUGCGACGCCCUGCAUUCUUUACAGUAAUAUGCUGCUCACCACCAGUAAAUGUCAGCAGCACAAACACGCAGCACAUGAAGUGCCUGUAGGGAGAGCGUUGUCUGUCCUGGUUGAUAUUUUUGAGUUUUCUUCUUCUUUGCUGUAACCACAGCAGAGUCCAGUCCGUCAAGCGUUUGUUAGAAUAAGAUUGUUAUGAGACAGUCACACAGUUUGUGCUGUUGGUCUGCUGAUCAAGCAGCAGCUGAGCAGGUUUAAAGACAAUAAUGCAGACUCACAAUAUAUAUUGAGACAAACGCAUCAGGAGACUGAAGCCACACAGACAGAUUGUGAAAACUCAGUACGUGUUUGCAGCACACCGCUGAUAAACUAGAGUGAAUAGAAUUUGCUUUGGAACCGAUGGGCAGAAUCGAAAUGUGUCUUUCCUUCAAAAUCAGAACUCAAACCUUAAUCCUACCAUGCAUAUUGUCUAUUUCAUUACUUUCUCAACCCCUACUUUCAUCCACCACUGUGUCACAGGCCCUCCCUGUUAAACUUUAAUCAUAUCUGAGUGUUUCCAGACUCGUCUUUAAUCCACCACCUGACCACACGAACGUUUGGGUUUUAUUUUCAGGACUGUGGCGAGGAGGAGGGUCACCAUGCUUACUGUGUGGGGACCCGUGAGGUCCAGUGUCCUGCAGCUUCCUGUACGACGAGCCUGCUCAGGUGUGAUCCACAGGAGGCCACCUGCACCUGGUCUCACCUACGCAGCACCACCACCUUUAGUCGGCCUCCACAGGUCUGGAGGACGCAGAUGCCUAUCGUGUGUUAAGACUCUGCCAGGUGUCGGGACUCUUUCAGGUGUCGGGACUCUUUCAGGUCUCGGGACUCUUUCAGGUGUUGGGACUCUUUCAGGUGUCAGGUGUCUGUCAGGAGUCGGUGGCAGCAGCAACAGCAACAGUGGUGGGGAUGUUGCAGGUGUUGCAGGUGUUCCAGGUGUUGCAGGUGCAGACGGAUGGUACAGCAGCCUCUCAGACUCGGCUCCGGUUCACCUGUGUGAACACUUCCUGGUGAGCGUCCAGCAGGCGAGCGGGUUGCCGUGGUGGCUGAGUAUCGUCGUGGCGACACUGUCGGUCAGGACGCUCAUCACUCUGCCGCUCGCUGCCUACCAGCUGGUCAUCAUCUCCAAGGUGGAGGCGCUGCAGGUGGAGAUCUCUGACCUGGCGAAGAGGCUGCGAUAUGAAGUUUCGGUGCGAGCGAGAGAGAGAGGCUGGACGGAAAAACAGAGCCGGUUCCAGUUCCAGAAGAAUCUGCGCCGACUCAUCUCUGAGCUCUACAUCAGGGACAACUGUCACCCCUUCAAAGCCAGUGUGCUGGUUUGGGUCCAGCUGCCGCUCUGGGUCAGUCUGUCUCUGGCCCUCCGAAACCUGAGCCUGGAUCAGUCAGCCCGGCAGGCUGAGCUGGCAGUGGGAGGCGCUCUGUGGUUCCCGGACCUCACCGCGCCGGACUCCACCUGGAUCAUCCCCAUCUGUCUGGGACUCACCAACCUGCUGGUCGUAGAGGUGUUUUCUCUGCAGAGAGUCGCCACGUCCAGGUUCCAUCGGCUGGUCCUGAACUCCAUCAGAGGGUUCUCGGUGCUGAUGAUCCCCAUCGCUGCUACGGUUCCCUCGUCCAUGGCUCUGUACUGGUUCACCUCCAGUUUGGUGGGAUUCAGUCACAACCUCCUCCUUCGCUCUCCUGCGAUCCACAAAAUCCUGCGACUCCAGACUCAGCGCUCAGAAUCUCCGUACAGAGACCUGCUGUCUGCCUUCAUCGCCAAAUACCGCAAAUAAAUACCCCGAGUCCUGCAUCAGACACUUGAGCUGAAGGUUCUCAGCUCUGAGUGAACCAACGACAGCAAACUGAUUCAUACAGAAGUCAGGAUUCAAACCGAUGAGGAGGAGGUUUUAUCAAAUUAAUCUUCAAUGGCUCAUUUCCUUCCUCUCAGAAGCUGUGAGACUUUAACAAACACCACAGGAUGCAGCAGUGAGCUUUCGGUAGACCCGCCCUGGGUUUUGGCUCUCAGGUGGAGCCCGUCUGAGCUUCUGUGCAGGUUUUUGUGGCCUGUGUGAAGCCUGAAGAAAACCUGCAAACAUUACUCAGUGGAAAGCAUCAAGACUGAUUUAAAUGUAUGUCAUGUGGGGAAAUGAAGCAAUCAUCGUAAAUCCUGCGACGAUGGAAACAUGAAAGCCAAGUUAACAGACCUGAGUGUCAUACUGGCCAUCAGUCAUGUGCUGCUGCUGUUCAGUAAUCGUGUGGAAAUAAGAAAGAUGUUUUAUUUGUGUGUGAGUUCAGAAAUAAACAAGAUUUAAUUUAAGGAAAUGAUUUCAUGUUCGGCGAUCACACUUGAACUCGU